CUCAGCAGAGUGCUGCCGCGCGAGACCACCCUAUAUUCAGUUCACGGCCGCUCUAUUACCGGACGUCUAUUUCGGCGCAUAAUAUUCUGUGCCGUGAGGAACGCUCAGUUUCGCGCAGGCAGGUGCGCGUGCCGAGGCAGAGAGAUGCGGCGACGGAGCCGCGCGCGCGCCGCGUGACCGCCGACGGCAUGGAGCGCCGCCCAGCCCGCUUCGACCCAGACCUCAUGACCAAGGCCGUACGCCGCCGGGAAAGGCCGCGAGAGCGAUGGCUGCUGACGCGGAAAACAUGGAAGUACAUGGCGGACGCCGGCCGCCGGCUCAUCCCGGACGGCGCGCAGAACCGCACGGAGGACGUUCCGCGAAUCGAGUCGUACUUCCAAGAGGUCUGUCAGCGGGAGCCGAGGUUUCUGCUAUGGCGGAAAAGUUCCUAUCCGGGCGUGUUGGCCCGCCCACGCCGGAAAAAACGUGCAAGAGGUGGCUCUGUGCGCGCCCGGUCGCCUUCCGACGACGCUCCGGUGCCCGUACGGCCCACAGAGUUAUUCAUCCCUCACACAUCAGGUGGCCGAUUUGAUAUAGCAAAGUUAAGAAGAGACUUCUUUGCAGCGCCACCGCCAUCAUCACAAUCGGGUUUCACUCCGUCCAGUGCGGCAUUUAAUGUCGCAGCAAGAAACACUAGUCCACACAUUGAGCCUAGAGAUAAUGAUGAAGGAGUACUAGUUGAUUUAUUGAGAAAGUACCUGAAAGUAGAAGACGAUAAGGAUCCUCCUCCUCUCACAGAAAGUGAGGAGCUCGUUAAAGCGCUACGAAAUUACCUUAAAAGGCAGUCGGAGCGCGCUCCCGCAGACUCUGAUACAGAUCCUGCGCAAAGAAUAUUGCGGGAGCAUCUUAGCAGAUAUUACAAUAGGUCGUCGAAUAAGGAUCAAUCUGUACAAGAUUUAUUAAGCGAUAGGAAUUUGUUGAAAAAUUUAUACCAUGACCUUCGUAAAACGAAGCCAUAUAGAGGCGGAAGGAGUGGAGGUGGCGGUCCCAGUGCCGGUGGGUUCAGUUCUAGCGUGUAUAGUGCGUCAAGUUCCAGAAUUAAUAUACGAGGUAGGAGUGUUAGUGCUUACGGUAACGAUGAGGACUAUGUUCGUUCCCCGCCCAUGUCUCCGCCGCCACUUAUCGAAGUACUGGGUGAGUCGCAGGAAGAAAGAGGCGUGGAUGCUGGGACUCAAACUGAGCCCAUACCUGAAGAAGUGUUGCAGGAGCUGGAGAGAUCAUACAAAGAUAAGCUGGAAGCGGCGACAGCGCCCACUAGCCCGACGAGCCCGCCGCCCGAGAGGCGGCCGCGGCGCCGCUCUAGCGUAGACCAUGACGACGUGUCGCAAUCCGUGAGUGACACCAUCAAACGCUACUUGAGAAUGGCGCGAAAAAAGAGCGUCGACUCCGAAAAGACUGAUCGUUUCAAGCGUAUUAACUAUGAUAAAAACCUGCGUAAUAUAAAACCGCGUAUGCCUAGUGAUGUGGAUGACGACGGGCCCCACAAAGGCUGUCAGACGGACGAGGCAUGGGUUUUGACGUAUAGGGAUUUGCAAUUCGCGUCGGUGGCGUCGACGCCAACGUCCCCGUCCCAGUCGCACUCGUUUCUGUCCACGUUAUUGGGCCGUGGGUCUCAUGCAUCGGUGGCUCCCCCUGCAGGUGGCAUGCAAAAGUCACGAUCAUCGAGCAGCGUGGUGCAGAGCGUCAGCCGGCGGCUGUGGCGCACGCGCAGCCGCUCCUCCAGCCGGGCGGCCGCUUCGUGGACACCUCAGGGCAGCUGUUGCUGGGCAGACGGCUCCGGGCGCUGCGUGCGGCUGGCUGACACGUCGCUGCUGACGCUCACCGAGGUAGAGCGGCGCGCGCUGCAGCAGGCCGCGCUGGCGAGACUGCAGCAGCUCAACAUUGGGACCAGUAUUAAGAUACCUGAAGAUAACACAGCAGCAGUAGCAACUAAGCCGAAACGGCGGGCGUAUCUUCUCAAGCGGAAGGCGCUCACUACUGGCUUCUUUGACCAGAGUCGAAAAGAUGCUGAUAAGGAAAAAGAACCAUCAGGCAGUAUAUUCGGAGUGCCGCUAUCACAGUGCGUGGAAACAGAACGCGCGCUGCGGCGGCAGCACGGCGGUUCGCGCGCUUCGCUCGCCUCGCUCGGGGCUCUCGAGAAAGGGGAUGAUAGUGAAUCCUGCGACUCCGGCGAGUGGGGCUGGUCGGGGCUGGACGAGAGCGGGCCGCGGGUGCCCGCGCUGGUAUCGGCCUGCCUCGCGCACCUGCGCCGGCACGUCUCCACCCUCGGCCUCUUCCGUGUGUCUGCUUCUAAGAAGAGAGUUAGACAGCUACGUGAAGAAUGGGAGAGGGGUCAAGAAGCAGCGUUAGAUGAAGCUCUUCCACAUGACGUGGCCACAUUAUUGAAGGAGUUCCUCCGGGACCUCCCGGAUCCUCUGCUGUGCCGGGACCUAUAUCCCGCCUUCUUGCAGACUCAGAAGAUAAGCAACCGCAGCGUGCAGUGGGAGGCGCUGCGGCUGAUCGUGUCGCUGCUGCCGGCCGCGCACCGCGACACGCUCAGCGCGCUGCUCGCCUUCCUCGCGCACCUCGCCGCGCACGCCGCCGGCAACCGCAUGGACGCCGCCAACCUGGCCACCGUGUUCGCGCCCAACAUCCUGCACCGCAGCGGGCCCGGCGAGGCGGCCAGUGCGGAGCAGCUGUCGGAGCGCACGGACGUGAUCAACGUGGUGCGGCAGCUGGUGGAGCGGCACGCGGAGCUGUGGGCGCUGCCGGCCGAGCUGCUGCACGACGCGUACGUGCUGCUCGCGCGCCAGCACCCCGCGCUGCUCGACUCGCUGCUGCUCAAGCGCGCCGAAGUGGCGGAGGCCCAAGCGAGCGCAGACACUGGGGGGCGCCGCGUGUGGGCGCGGGAACACUUCCUGCACGCCAGCGCUACACCCAACACGAAUGACCGUAGCACAGGAAGACGCACACGUGCGCGGGACACUACGUCAGAUGCUUCGUCCGCAUCGCUCUCCUCAGCUAUGACUAUAGUUACUAGGGUUCGUAGCAGCGAGGAGAGUGGUGUGGCGAGCGCGGCCAGAGAUUCAGCGGCCGACUCUAAUGAUUCCGCCAGUGACUAUAACGAGGCGGGCGUUGGUUCAGAAGACGAGUGCGUGAUCACAGCAUCCUUACACAUACCAGCAGUUCGGCGUCGUUCUGUAUCUUCCGCCGGUUCAGCCAAACGGGACUCUGCAGUGGGAUCCUCACCAGCAUCACCAGGGUCGCUUGGGUCUAUCGGGUCCCCGGGGUCGAUAGGGUCCCCAGGGUCCCCGGGGUCGGUGGGGUCUGCGGGGUCCGCGGGGUCAUCGCCCCCGGCCAGCCCGCCGCCGGUAGUUACUCGCUCGCAGAGGGAUAUUGAAAGGCUCGUUGCUUUUGGACGAGAACGUAAUACCUCAGAUGCGAGAGCAGUAAUCGUGAGACAGCACGACGAAACCUCCAUUUCACGCGCCACCAGAAUAUCACGCGAAGUGCGGCGUGAAGAAGUCAGAAAUGACCAUAGUGUCAGAAAUGACCACAAAAGUGACCACGCUCGAAGUGACAGUACCAGAAGUGACCACGCCCGAAGUGACAACGCCAGAAGUGACCACGUCCGAAGUGACAGUGUCAGAAGUGACCAAAGUGCCAGAAAAAGUGACAUAGCUGUUAGAACGGACCACACGAGGCGGGAAGAGAUCAGACACGAAGUCAAAAGGAACGACACUAGCAAGAAAGAUGACCAUUCUGUCAGAAGAGAUGACAGAACUGUCAGGAGGGAAGAGCAAGCUGUCAGAAGAGAAGAUCAGAUAGUCAGAAGAGAAGAGCAAGCUGUAAGAAGAGAAGAGAGAAGAGAAGAGAGGAGAGAGGGCACAAUGCUUUACAAGCGGGGCGAGCUUAUCUCAAGCGCGCAGACUCGGCCCGCAUGACACAUUGUAUACAUUGCUUUUAUACAUAAACGUCUAUUUAUCUU